UAAUAAAAUCAGUUAAAACAUUUUCCAUUAUUAUAUUGCUAUCUACACACUAAAUUCCAACGAAGGAACGUGACGAUUCAGUCCCGCGUCAGGGCGGGCUUUUGACUGUACAGUGCGAGUUUUAGCAAAUAAUAUGACGUCUCUCAAAGUCCACAAUUAUAGCCAAUUCGUUUUCUACAAAUCGUACGGUUCUCCGUCGCCUCCGUCGUCGCUUAAUCGGAUUACUUGUCACACGACGAUGUCUACUGCCGCCGCUGCUUUCCCUACACUCAGGACCGUUACUAUACCUUACUCUGAUCUUAAGGACAGGAAUGUAGACUUAUCAAUGAGAAUCGAGGAAGGUUUUGGGCCUAAUGGACUCGGUAUUCUAUCAAUUACUGAUGUUCCUGGCUUUCCGUCAUUACGCCGCAACCUUCUACAUCUUUCAUCAAGAUUGGCCAACCUUCCUGAAGAAAAGAAGAAGGAACUUGAAGAUCCAAACAGUAGGUACAACUUUGGAUGGAGUCAUGGAAAGGAGCAACUUGAAUCCGGGAAACCUGAUGUUUUUAAAGGAUCUUUCUAUGCAAAUCCAAUAUUUGAUGUGCCAACUACUGAUGCCUAUUUGAUACAACGAUAUCCUCAUUAUUGCGGACCCAAUAUAUGGCCUGAUAAAAUUUUGCCAGAACUGGAAGUUGCUUUCAAAGGGCUUGGAAAGCUGAUUGUUGAUGUUGGAUCGAUGCUAGCUUAUCAUUGUGAUCAAUAUGUAUCCAAGGGGAUGAAUACAAAGAAAAAUGAAGGCCUAGAACAGAUACUUCUCCGCUCGCGGUGUCACAAGGGCAGGUUGCUUUAUUAUUUCCCAGCAAAACAGAGUGAGUCUAUCCAAGAUGGUCCUUCUGUAUCAUCUUGGUGUGGUUGGCAUACAGAUCACGGUUCGCUAACAGGUCUGACUUGUGCAAUAUUUAAGAGAGAUGGUGUAGAUAUACCUUGCCCUGAUAGUGCUGCUGGUCUUUACAUUAGAACACGAACUGAUCAAAUAGUAAAAGUUGUCUAUGGAGAAGAUGAGCUCGCAUUCCAAGUUGGUGAAACCACUGAAAUACUAUCAAGAGGUUAUCUAUGUGCAACACCUCACUGUGUCCGGGCACCUAAAGGAGUGGAUGCUUCUGGUGUUGAUCGAUCAACAUUUGCAUUAUUCAUGCAACCUGAUUGGGAUGAAAAACUCAACUUUCCUAAGGAUAUGCAUAUUCACAAAGAGCUGAUGUUGUCAAAUUGCUCUAAAAAGUUUGGAGAAUAUUCUGAGAAGUUGUUGGACAAGUAUUACCACUUGAAAACAUAAACUUCAGGUUUCAUAUUCUUAUAAAUAUUAUGAAUAAAUUCGAUGUUUGAUCUUGUGCUCUAUGCUAGGAAAUGAAUAAUAAUAUCCAUUCAUCUAAUGUGAGACAUUUUCUUUUGUAUUAUAA